AUGGUUGAUAACCGCAAGUAUUUCAUCCUCAUAACGAAAGACGAUAGUCGUUACCGUACAUUUCAAGUGCACAAGACCAAAAAUGAGGCUGAGGGAGCUAUCAUCACGCAGCUCACGAGGGUACAGAUGGCCCUCAAGAGCCAGCCACCUGAUCAGGACGGCAUUGCCAGGCGUGUUCGCAUCCUCCGCCUCGACGGCGGCAGGGAGUUCGGGACGACGAAGAUGGAGAGCUUUUGCUCAAGAGAGGCGAUCACUCUGAUCCUCUCAACCCCAGCAAAUCAGUACCAGAACGGCGCUGCAGAGCGAGGGAUUGGCUUCCUUCAGGAGCAGUCUCGCGCCACAAUGAGGUGCGCGCGCAUUUCUUCGAUCUUCUGGGAUCGAAUCAUGGGAGCGACCGCGUACGUGAUAAACCGAACGGGUCAGUCAACACUCAAGACGAUCACCCCGUCAGAGAGGUACGAGUCUGCGUUGGACCCGCGGCGCGAGUACAAGCCUGAUCAGUCCAACCUGCGUAUCUUGGGAAGCCGCUGCUUUGUUUACAUCGACGCGCAGUUCUGUGUAACCAGCGAGAAGAUGGAGGGUAGGCGCGCGAGAGCGGUAUUGAUGGGUUACAAGGGUCAACACAACUAUGUGGUAUGGCUGAUCGAUGGAGGGAGGUUUCUGGAUACUCCGCAUGUGGUGUUCCACGAAAACACUGGCAUGAUCGGAUCAGAAGACCCCACAGAUAUUGUCAGAUCGCUCCCGCCAGCAGUACAGCGGAGACUUCGUCACUGCUAUAGGAAGGGUCGUACAUACAUACGAACCCGCGAUGACAACGUCGUUGAGGAGGAUAUAUCCCCCAACGAAGAUGGGCGCCCACAAAGAGGUCGCCUAAAGCGAAAGAUAGCUAGGCACUUCGUAUGUGAGGCUCCGCCUGAUCACUCCGAAGUGCUCAAGGCGCUCCGAAUUGCCCUUUCAGAGGGCGAGAUGGUUAGUGAUACGGACGAUUCGGCAGCUGACGAUCUCCAGGGCUCUUUUGCUCAGCUACAGCGCGAUGCCUUUAAGAGCAAACGAGCUCUCUUCGGGCAGCGCGACUCACAUCAGGAUUUCGCCGAAGCGCUCCUGAGUGCUGGAAGGGCACAAAUCUGA